GUAUAAUAAUUCGAACUUAUUGUUUUCCUGAAGGUCAUCCUGAGGGCCGUGGUGGACAUGAAUCAGUUCAAGUAAAUGACAAAUUAUAUUUUAUGGGAGGUUCCCGCCUAAUCCUUCAGUCAAAUCCGAAAAGAUAUAAUUUAUCAAACGAAGUAUUUUAUCUAGACCUUUCAUCACAAUUCAAUAAUAGAAAUCCACCAUUUGUAGAUCUUACUAAUGGAGCUGCAGUUCUUGGGGGAUCUGAUAAAUCUGAUGUCUACUUGAUCGGUGGAACGCAGCUGAAUCUAUCAACAUUAAAUUGGAAUGUUACUGACCAAAUUAUAAAUUGGAACGUUACGGACCAAUUUAUUUACAUUUAUAGUACUAUUCCUAAAAUUUGGACAAAACUUGAACAAGGAAUUAAAGGGACUCAACCUUCAAGACGUAGGUCAACCUCAACAGUAAUCAAACCUAAUGGAACAAUAUAUAUAUUUGGUGGGAGGGUAGAGCAAGAUAUGGGGUCAGAUAUGCUUAUUUUAUAUAAUGAUUUGUAUGAAUUUGAUACAAUAUUUUUGUCAUGGAAUCAAAUAAUGGUAGAAAAUACCCCUUCACCUCGAAGCCAUAGCACCGCAACAUUGCUUCCAAAUGAAAAAAUUAUUUAUAUUGGAGGUGUCUCUCAGGACACUCCCGGAAGCCAAACUAAUUUAAUCAACAUGAUGGAGAUCCAAAUUUUUGAUACAAUUUCUUUAUCCUGGUCAUUGCAUACUGCAAACGCUUCAUUUUCAAUUCAACCACGAGUCGGACAUACAGCAGUAUUAACACCAGAUAAUAAUUCAAUUAUUAUAAUGGGUGGAACUUCAAGUUAUCAAUUAAAUCAAACAACUGUUUAUCCAAAUUUAUUAAAAUUGGAU